AUGGCAGGAAAAGUCGAUGCCGACAAUAAAGUCUACAAGCUCGCCGCAAUGCCCUUCGUCUUGGAACGCAAGGGUGACUACGAUGAAGCCAUCAAAGCGUACAAGAGCGCCAUAACUGUUUUGGAUGAAGCGGCCAAAAUAUACAAGAAAGGAAAUGCCCUCAAAAUUCACAGAAAGAUGUUUGAGAGACAGGUCCAAGUUCAUCGAGAGCGCCUGGCCUAUCUGGAAGACCUAAAGCGCAAGGGCAGUUUCAACGGUAUAAUAUUGCCACCAACGAUUCUGGAUGCGAUGGAGGAGGUGGAAAGCGAGGAUGGAAAGACGUGGUCAUUGACCCAGAUCCGCAAGAGUCUUAAUACUUUCGGUGGAGAUAAUCCCAGUCAAUCUACAAAAGAUACUAGCACGGCUCCAGCCCACCUCCAGCCAUUCCUCAAUACCGACACCUCGCAACGCCCUUCUUUCUCGCUGACUCUUUCUCCCUCGACUCCGACCGUCACUUACCGGAUUACGCAUUCCUCGGAGCUUGUCAACCUGGGUAUGCGCUCAUAUUGGUUUUUCGUCAAAGACUCGACCAACACACACGUUUUAUACGCCCUCCAAUUCGUCUGGAGCAACGAAGAACCCAUUGUCAAUACGGUCCUCCGACGCGCCGGGGAAUUCUUGCCCGGAAUCGGGGCGACGAGUGUAAGACUGCAGAAGACCAAAGGAGGCAGUUUUCGGAUGAUAACACGGACAAUCCCCGACAUGGGCGCAAUAACCGAGAUUCCGGAUGGAGAGAUGCAAAGAAAGGAUUGGUCGCCGCGACGAUUCGAGUACGGAGGACGCAAUUUUGUUUGGAAGAGUGCAGCGGCUGAGGGUAAGAAGGAGGCUGGACUGGGAAGAUGGAAGAUGAAACCGUUGGUCCCAGGCUGUGCUGGGGGAGAGAAGAAGGGGGGAAACGGUGCUGAUCAUAGUAUUCACAUGGUCGGCGGUUUGGAUAUAUAUUUCAGAGAGCAUUUGCUUGCGGUCCAGUUGUCGAGGUUGGCUCGCGUCAGCUAUCCCCCGCAAAAGGAUACCAAGGGGAUUGAAGUCGCAACAGUUGGUGUGAGUUGGCUUUCGAUUGCUUCGUCUUUCGCAUGA